AUGGCGAUGAUGAUGACUGGCCGUGUGCUGCUGGUGUGUGCCCUCUGCGUGCUGUGGUGCGGUGCCGGCGGUGGUGGAUGUUCUGAAACACCUCAAGAUCCUCCGGGUGGUGCGUCUCAAGGUGGCAAUAAUCUUGACGGUACAAAAAACACCACUAAUGGCGCUGGGGGAGGUGUCAAUUCCGGUGCGACGGCAAAGUCACAAUUAUCGGCAGAAUCGGUGACAGACAUAAUGGUAGCGGUAGCGGGAGCAGACACAUCAGCGGCACAACAACAGGAGAAACAAGCAUCAGAAAUGCAAGAAAAGGGAGAAGAUGGCGAGGAGGAUAAUGAAGAAGGGGAAGAGGAAUAUGAAGAGGAGGAAAUAGAUGAAGGUGAAGAUGAUGCGAAGAAGGAAGAGAGUGAGACGAAAGAAGAGAAACAAGAUAAGGAGAGGGAAGAGGAGAAAAUCAAAGAAGAUGAUGCCGACGCCACAAAUGGGAUGCCAGCAGGCGGUGAAGAGCAGCCAAGUUUAUCUUCUGGUGCGGAGGAAGCAGCGAACCAAACAAAUCUCAAAAGCACGCAAACAAAUGGAGACGAUGACCCAGCAGCUGAUGUUGCAGGGACAGCAGAGGGAAAACAAAAUGAAAAUAAAGAUGCCAAUCCGAAAGAAACACCAGUCGAAGCCACAGCCAUGAAAAAUACAACGGCGACGACUGGCGACAGUGACGGCAGCACCGCGGUCUCCCACACCGCCUCCCCUCUUUUGCUUCUUCUUGUUGUUGUUGCGUGUGCGGCUGCUGCUGCGGUGGUGGCCGCGUGA